ACCCAAGAAUGUGGUGCUCACUAAUCAAGGCAGGUUUGCCAAACCACCUAAGGAGGAGGGAAUUGUACACAGAUCCCAGAAGACAUAUGAGGACUAGGAGACUUACAUAAACCACAGAACCGGCAGGGGAUAACAUAAAGAUUUACUAUGGCAUCUCUUCUGCAAGAUCCGCUGUAUGACAUCCAGUGCCAGGCUCCCUCUCCCAGCAAAGACCUUCACCAUCUUACCAUGACACGCAAAGAAGUUACGUUUAGAUCAUGGAAGAUCUCUGUCCGGGCUGAGCACAGGAAAAUCCCACCAAUAGAAGUUAAGAAAACACACAGUGAAUUCUUAGAAGCAUCAAUGUUGCACAAACCAUUAGAAAAGAUCUUUGGCAAGAACACAAUGGAAUAUGUACUGAAUUUGUGCAGAGGACAGUUUGAUUUCAUUGUUCGGAUACCAGAUACCCUCAAGAUUCGUAUCUUAUCUUUUCUUGAUUCACAAGACAUUAAGCAGCUGUCAGAAACAUGUAGGACAUACCAGAAGUUGUGCAGCAGUGAAGAAUUUUGGGAAAAAAUCAAACCAAGACAAGAGAUAAACAUAAAGAAAAGCAGUUCAGUGUCUGUGAAGACAAGGAAACCCCGUCAAAAGGUGGAUGGUCCAGCUUGGAUGCAAAGAAGAAGAACCACUUUGUUUUAGGUGAAAAAUAGAUUUUUUUUUUUUUUUUAUGUAGUCAUUUCCUCUGCAGUAAACAUGUUAUACUCUAUGUAUACA